AUGAUAAUUCAACCACUUGAUGUGUUAAAGAUUCGAUUCCAACUGCAAGAGGAACCGAUCCGUGGUAGAAAUUCAGGAAAAUACAAGGGUUUGAUACAAUCAAUACGUUUGAUUUUUCGAGAAGAGGGAGCGCGCUCUUUCUGGAAAGGUCAUGUUCCUGCUCAAGGAUUGUCUGCUAUGUACGGAUUAGUUCAGUUCUCCAGUUUCGAAUUCCUUUCGAGACAGGUUGGUAGACGUCUACCUCCUGGGAGCGCUUCACUAAGAUCCUCCGCGGAUUUCGUAUGUGGCGGCUUAUCAGGAUGUCUUGCCAUGACCUCUGCAAUGCCUCUAGAUGUCAUACGUACAAGACUAGUUGCGCAGUGUGGAAAUGCUGUUUACAGAGGCACAACUCAUGCAAUCUUUUAUAUCUGGAAGAAGGAAGGUGUUCUUGGAUAUUUCCGAGGAUGGACUCCCAGCAUAGCGCAAAUAGCUCCCUUCACAGGACUCCAGUUUGCCCUCUACAAUCUGUUUGUUGAUUUAUGGCCUAAAUUAGUGAAUCAUCAUGAAUCUACGGGAUCACUGGUUUCCGGUGCAAUGGCUGGCACUGUUGCCAAAACGGUAUGUUUUGCUAAUAUUUCAGCUAAUGUUAUAGAAAUUCCAUCUCAUCUUGAUUUCUCCACCUUUCAACGAUAUCCGUUCAUUGUUAGAAGAUAA